ACGGGCUGACGCUACUGCCUUUGAAAUGGCGUUGAUGUAGUUCAAUACGCCGUUAUUUGUAGUUAUUAUGCUCGCCUAAGUCGGUCAGGUUUUAGUUUUCUGGUCCGGUGAAUUUCUGGACCGAUAUGUUAAUAUUUAUUUGGGCAUUUCGGAUGUAAUAAACAAAAGUGUGGUAAAGGAAACUGCUAAUAAUUUACGUUGCAUAAUAAGGCCGCAGCUACCACCGAUCUUGCGUAGGGAUUACAACGGCUUUUGAAUGCGUGGCCUGCCGCAGCUAAAUGUCGGCUUCCAAGUGAAUCUCGGUGGGCAUGUGUACCUGGAAGUGAAGUGACAGACUUGCAGUUCAGUUCAACAUUAUUAUUACCCGUACUACAUAGUCAAUAAAGCAGUUUCUUAAUAAGUACUUCCCGUAUGAAUUGGAUUUUGGCAUUUUAACAUUAAUAGCAAUUGAAAGCUACCCCAACCCCCCUACAAACACACACAAUAUGGCAUCGGUGCCAGUGUACUGCUUGUGUCGCCUGCCAUAUGAUGUGACGCGCUUCAUGAUCGAGUGUGACAUUUGUCAGGACUGGUUCCAUGGAAGCUGUGUUGGCGUAGAGGAGGACAAAGCAGCUGAGAUUGACCUGUAUCACUGCCCCAACUGUCAGGUCACUCAUGGGCCAUCUGUCAUGCGCAAACGACGUGGAGGCAAUAAGCAGACAGAUGGUGGUGCUGCUGGAGCAAGAGAUCCAAGUCGGCCUGUUAAGACAGGGAGCCCACAGUUUGUCAGGGAGCUACGGAGCCGCACCUUUCCAAAUGCGGAUGAAGUCUUGCUAAAGCCGUCUGGGGCCCAGCUCACAGUCGAGUUUCUGGAAGAGCAUUCAUUCAGUGUUCCUGUCAUGGUGCUGAGGCGGGAUGGCCUUGGCAUGACCCUUCCUCCAUCAUCAUUCGGUGUCAGCGAUGUGGAGCACUACAUAGGUGCAGACAAAGAGAUUGAUGUAAUUGAUGUGUCUCGCCAGUGUGACCUGAAGAUGCGAUUGGGAGACUUUGUUGAAUACUACAACAGCCCCAACAGAGACAGAGUGCUCAAUGUCAUCAGCCUGGAGUUCUCUGAGACCAGGCUGUCAAACUUGGUGGAAACUCCUAAGAUUGUGAGGAAACUGUCAUGGGUGGAAAACCUCUGGCCCGAAGAGUCUGUGUUUGAACGCCCCAAUGUGCAGAAGUACUGCCUAAUGGGAGUGAAGGAUAGCUACACAGACUUCCACAUUGACUUUGGAGGCACCUCAGUAUGGUACCAUGUCCUGAGGGGCGAGAAAAUCUUCUACCUAAUUUCCCCCACCCCAGCCAACUUGGCUCUUUUUGAGCGGUGGAGUUCCUCAACCAACCAGAAUGAAAUGUUCUUUGGAGACCAGGUUGAUAUGUGUUACAAGUGCUCUGUUAAACAAGGAAACACCUUGUUCAUACCAACAGGGUGGAUUCAUGCUGUGCUGACUCCAGUGGACUGCCUUGCCUUUGGAGGAAACUUUCUGCAUAGUCUCAACAUUGACAUGCAGCUGAGGGCAUAUGAAAUAGAGAAGAGAUUAAGCACAGCAGACCUGUUCAGAUUUCCCAACUUUGAGACUGUGUGCUGGUACGUUGGAAAGCACCUUCUUGAUACCUUCAGAGGUUUGAGAGAAAACCGCAGACACCCUGCCACUUACCUUGUUCAUGGAGCUAAGGCCCUGAACAAUGCUUUCCGCAGCUGGACCCGUAAAGAGGCUUUAUCAGAGCAUGAAGUUGAAAUUCCGGAAACCAUCAAUACUCAGACACUAGUGAAGGACCUGGCCAAGGAGAUUCGUCUGGUUGAGGACAUCUUCCAACAAAACAUUGGCCGCACUGGACCUCAGUUUCCUGGUUCGCCACUCUCUAAAGCUCCCCUGACCACCUCUCAGAAUUCAGGACGCCCCCCUGGAAAAAAGAAAGGACCCAAGCCCAAGGAGGUGAUAGGUGGUCUUGGGCCCCCAGGAACCAAGAAGAAGAGUCAGAAGGGGUUGCUUAAGGCCGAAGCAGGAGAACUUGACCUCAUUGAGAUUCACACCAAACAUACACUCAAAAAAUUUCAGCCUGGCAAGUCCAGAAACAAGAACAAGUUGGAGUUGCCUUUAGAGGAGUUUGAAGGGAAGUUAAAUAAAAGCAAACUGAAACUCGUGCUGACCAAUGGAAAAAUCCAAGGUAAGAAGGACGGCAGCAGUAAUGGUGCAGGAAGUGCUGGAAACUACAAACACCUUGCUAUGGAGGGAUCCAGUCUGUCUGACUUGGAGUCUGAGGAUGAGCUGCAGAUUGAUGAGACCCCUCCUCCACGACGCAAGCCUGCAGGACCUAGCAAGAAAAAGAAACUGAGUGGUCUUCCUAGGAAGCUGCCCAGAGCCAAACCCUGCUCUGACCCCAAUCGCAUCAGGGAGCCAGGAGAGGUGGACUUUGACAUUGAGGAGGAUUACACCACAGAUGAAGAGGCGCUAGCCGCCCACGGAGUGAAGGGUGGCGCGGGGGGCAUUCUGGACUUAUUGAAGGCCAGCAAACAAGUAGCAGGCUUGGACUCUGCAACACUCAGUGAGGAAGCUCCAGCCUCUCCCAGUACCCGUGAUGCCAUUCAGGGUAUGCUGUCCAUGGCCAAUCCCCCUUCCUCGUCCUCAUCUUCCUCGUCUUCAUCUCCAUUAUCUAUUUCUGGAGGCCUGACAGAGGGAUUGGGGACAGUCAAGGAAAAAGGUGGCAGGGCUGUAUGGGUGACUGGUGGGGCCAAAAAGACAGGAAGUCCUGAGAAGAAACCUGUCAUCCAGCGGCCUGGAAAACGGCCAAUUAAACGGCCAGCGCGUCACCUUAGCGAUGAGGAGAGCCCAGAUGAGCAAGAGACUCUGGGAACCUGUUUUAAAGAUUCAGACUAUGUUUACCCGUCCUUGGAGUCUGAUGAGGAGGAUCAUGCUAACAAAGCUAAGAUGAAGCGAAAGAAAAACUGGGAUGACACACCUUGGAGCCCAAAAGCCAGGGUGAUGCCCACCCUUCCCAAACAGGAUCGGCCAGCCAGGGAAGGUGCUCGAGUCGCAUCUGUAGAAACUGGUCUUGCAGCUGCUGCUGCCAAGCUGGCACAGCAAGAGCAGCAAAAGCCUGCUAAAAGGAAGUACACCAAAAAGCAGCGUCCUCCAGCUCCGGUGGUCACUCCUCCCCCAAUUCAGACUGAGCCAGCCCCACCCUCACCAACACCUGCUCCAGAGUCUGCGGCAGACUUCAGCCCAGAAAGAAGGAUGGAUUACUACUCUGCUAGUCUGUUGGACCAUGAGUACACAGCAGGACCAGGACCUUUUGGCCCUGGAGGCCCGAGAGGCAGCGGAGCCAUGGCCCCUGGCGUAUUCCUCACUUCACGCCGACCUUCAUUGUCUCCGCAGAACAGCAGCUCUCACUCUGGUGCAUCCCCUGCAGGUUUAGCCAGUCAAGGCACAACAGGAGUUGGUCAAGGGAAACGUCCAAAGAAAGGACUUGCAACUGCAAAACAGAGACUUGGAAAAAUUCUGAAAAUUCACCGCAAUGGCAAACUUCUCUUGUGAGAGAUGUUGGAAAUGUGGCUGAAGAUUUUUAAGUGGGAAUGAAGAAAAUGGCUUUAGAGAUGGUGAUCUAUAUUUUGUACUCUCGAUAAAUUUGUUUACUGUUUUCACCUGUUAUUGAACCUCACUAUAUCCCUAUACCAUUUACUCUGCCCAGCUCAUUAGCAGCCUGUUUUGGCACUCCACUUAUCUAUAUCUGCAUUAAGGUAAACAAAUCACUGUAGUGUGCUAAACGCACACUUAAUUUGGAAAAUCACUCUUAAUGAUCACAUACUGUUGGGCAUUGGAAAUGGGCAAUUGUGACACAAAUAUUAAACUGACAGGCCAACAUUGUUUUAACCAGCUGAACUAACUAGCGUAAUACAUUGACUAAACCUAAUGUUUUUUUUUUGUUAUAGCUAUUACUAGUGGUUCUAUUUAUGCAAAGAUAUUUUACUGUCCAUCAUAUUUUUUUCAAAUGAAAGAAAAAACAAUUUUGCAAAAAUCCAUGCACAUCUCCCAGUAUGCCACAUGUAUUAAUUCUUUUUGAAGAAUUUGUCACUGAUGUUUGUAUAACUAAUUUUCCUCCACAUACCGUAGCUUUACACAAGAAAUAGUAAGCACUUAAGUGAUGCCAAGAGUAACAUCAUACAUUUCUAUUUAUUCUGAUCAUAUUUAUUUAACAGCAUUUUGCCAUCUCUUAGCCUGUUUUAACAUACAAUGUUUUUACCACUUCAUUGUCUUGGGCCCUAUUUUAAUUAAUUUCAACCACUUAAUACCUGUACAAAAAAUGUACCCAUUGCUUUGUCUGAAUUUUUACAGUUUAAGUUGCAAUUGUAAAUAUUUGUAAUAUUUGUAAUUUAUGUAGCUACAUUGGAAGAGCAGAAAAAAUAUUAUGAGAAGGGUUCUAAGAGACUAGUUUCCUGCAAACUGCCAUACUUUGUUCCCCAAGUGUUGGCAACAUUCUUGGGCCAGAUCUAGAGAUGUACGUUCUUUCCACAGAAUCUACUAGCGAUAAAGUGGCAGAAAAUUUAGAUUUGUGUGAAAACAUUGUGAAGGUGCAGGAUAUCAAUUGAUGAUGUAAAUAUAUGUUGUAAUUUAAGUUCUUUUAUAGUUCAAAAACUUUGAAAUCUUUCUUAACAUAACUUGUACAUGAUACAUUGCUGUAUUUGGAAAAUAUCUGAAAUAGUUCAUUUUUUUAUAUUUGUACGCAGUAAUUGUAAUGCUUAGUUGUCAUGUUGUCUUGUUAGUGUAAUAGUGAAAGUGUUCUGAAAAAAAUGCCCUUGUGUUAUUUCUUCUAUUUAGUUUUAUAUUAAUUAUUGUUGAUAUUCACUCUUGUGUUGGUGUGUACUGUGUAUUUUAAGCAUAAUGUGUUUAAAUACGACAUGGAACAGAUAAAAUAUACCUUGGGCAAAAUUUCUUUUUUCAUUGAAUUUAUUUGAGGAUAACAAAGUGAGAUUUGUGGGCCAAAUUAAUGGGUUUUCUGUUUGCUAUGUUUCAUUGUACCAGAAGGCUCGGUUUUGAUUCUAUUCACUAAGGUGGGAUUUAUGGAAUUUUCUGUAUUGGAAAUUCAUUAAGAUACAAGUAAUAUUGUGUUGUAUUAAAUUUCAUGUACACUCAUUGAUUUCUUCCACUGAAAAUACAAUUUCAUGUUAAUAGCCCACUUUAGAUGCGACUUUUAAAUUAGUGGUGACUCCAGAUUUUCUCAGGGUUUUUUGUUGUAUGAAUUUAUGUACUAUUAUUUUCAUAUUCAAACAUUAUUUCCAUUGCUCAAUUUUUAAUACAACUUUCUCCGUCCAAAUAGGGGUUAAAUGCAUUUGUUAUUAAAAUGUCUAGUCUUUAUUUCCUAAUUGUCAGUGAAUUUGAAUACACUUUCAUAUUAAACUGAAUUAAAAUAUAUUUUUAAUAA